AUGGCUAAGAAGGGUUACUACGCAGUACAAAGGGGUAGAUCUACCGGCGUCUAUUCCGAUUGGGAUUCCUGUAAAUCGCAAAUCUCUGGCUACGCUGGUGCAGUCUUUAAGAGAUUCGACACUCUUGCCGAAGCAAAGAAUUUCGCUGCUAGCAAUAGUGGUUACAGUUCAAGAAGUCCUACUCCCUCUACUGGUAGUAGCUCCAGCUAUGGUGGCUCCAGUUAUCCUUUCGGUGGCACAUACUAUGCCCCUACUCGAAAUGUCACACAAGUCAGUCCCAAAUCAUUUAGAUCUACCAGAAGUAAUACGUCCUCUGCAAUUAAGCCUACAAACAAUUUCUAUGCAGUGAAGAGCUCGAAUCCAUCUUUACCAAGCAAAAUAUUCAACACCUGGAAUGAGUGUCAAUCGUACGUACGUAGGCAAAGAGGUGUAUCCUUCAAAAAAUUUGAUAAUAUGAGUGCUGCUACAAACUAUGUUAACGGUACAUCCAGUGCUGCCAUAGAUUAUAACUUAAUUGGUAUCCCGGAAAGUACAUUUACCAACAAAUAUAAACUGCCUUCAUCUAACUUUAGGUUCGAUAAAACUUCAGAUGUUUACUGUGACGGGUCCUCUCUAGCUAACGGCACUGCAUAUGCUAGAGCGGGUUAUGGUGUAUACUUUGAAGGUGAUCCAACAAGUAAUAUUUCAGAAAGGUUAAGAGUUGGUGCUCAAACCAACAACAGAGGGGAAAUACAGGCAGUUUCUAGAGCAUUAGAUAAGAUUUGGGAAAAUUUAACCGAGAAAGACACCAAAGUUAAUUAUCAAAUCAAGACUGAUUCAGAGUAUGUAGCUAAACUGUUGAAUGACAGGUACUCUUCUUAUAGCGAUGCUGAAUUACAGAAAGUAGCAAAUGCCGAUCUAGCAGUCCCAAUGGUUAAGAAAUUUGCCAAAGUUAAAAAGUUUUAUGAGGUCAAUAAAGACUCCUUCGCAAAUAAUGGUAACUUCAAGAUUGAAUGGGUUAGAGGCCAUGCUGGUACUGAGGGUAAUGAAAAGGCUGAUGCUUUGGCAAGAAAUGGCGCAAAUAUGAACUGA